CGUGUCGCCUUUAUCAAAACCUUAUCAGCCCGGAGCUCGCAGCUUCUCCGCAAACCACCAAGUCCACUGACCUCACACUCUCCGAGGAAAACCCCAAUCUCAAUUCCCAGCUCAAUAAUGAACCACGACACCUACCAAACCACCACCGAGUAUUCCUUUUUCCUACACACUCCUCAAUCUUUAUCAAUCUCUCAACAUCACCCGCAAAAAUGAGACUCGCUCACCUUCACCUCCCAAAUACCACACCUUUCGCCAGAGUCUCCGCCGUCCAACAAGCCCUCACAACCCGCUUCCUCACGCAUAAAAGACUCGCCUCGCCAUCCCCCCUGGAUCCCAUCCGCGCAUGCAAUUCCGUACAACAAACACCCCCGCCACCCCCAGACCCGACUAUCAUCACAUUCACCCCAAACCCCGUCUACACCACCGGCCGGCGCGACCUGCCCCCCUCCAACACCUGUCCGCCCGACCCUUUGAACCUCUCGCUGCCACCGCCCCUCGAACCAAUUCGCGCGUUACUAACGCCCUCGGGGUCAAAUCCUGCGAAGGCAGAGUAUCAUCCCACGUUACGGGGUGGCCAGACUACAUUCCAUGGACCGGGGCAGAUGGUCGCAUAUACAAUCCUGGAUCUAAAACGGCUCAACCUCACGCCGCGGUGUCACAUCCGAGUCCUCGAGAACAGCGUCAUUGACCUGUUGAAGCAAUAUGGGGUAAACGGGUUCGUCACAGAAGACCCCGGUGUAUGGGUAUCAGACAAGACUGGCUCCGGGUCAAGCUCGGCACCGCCGAAGAAGAUUACCGCGGUGGGUGUUCACUUGAGACGGAAUAUCAGCAGUUUUGGAAUUGGUCUGAACGUCACCGAGGAGCCGAUGUGGUAUUUCCGACAGAUUGUGGCGUGUGGGCUUGAAGGGAAGGAGGCGACUAGUUUGGAGGGGGUUGGUGUGACGGGGGUGGGGAUUGAUGAGGUUGCUGCUGCUUUUGUGGAGAGGUUUGUUGAGAGGGUGAAUGAGGACUUUGCGUGUAAGAAGGGGGAUGGGGAGAAGAUCGAGGAGGUGUAUCCUGUUAAAGAGGAAGAUUUGCUGCUAUGAAAUUGAUAGUGGUGAUAGAUCCGUCGGUGUGUGUGUGCGGUUGUAGUUGUAUAUCCAAGCUGGGUGCAAUGCUAUAUGAACCCGGUCUUAUGGCCCUAACAGGGUGAAAUGAUGAAUAGAGUGAUUAGAG